AUGGGUGCUGGUCCAGGACAUAUAGCCAGGGGCUGUUUCCCUUCUCUACUGCACAGCUACCUCCAAAGAGUUAAGCAGCGGAAAUCCCGGUCCCUUCAUCUCCACAGCCGGCCUGGCGCAGGGAGGGAGGAAGGAGGGACGGGGAGGAGGGGAUGGGCAGCCAGCUCAGCACGCCCGCCUCCUCCUCCUCCCUCCCGCUCCCUGGCUGGGGGUCGGCCCGGCAGCAACAAGUUACCGUCACAGGCAUGGGCCCUGGAGCCAGUGGCCACCCAGAGGCCCCGGGUCCGUGAGCCAUUGUGCAGGGAGGCCGCAGGACACUGGGUCACCAUGGGGACGACCACCGUAUGCCCCCUCUGGGCAGUGCUUCUCCUCCCUCUUGUGGUGUCUGGGGUCCCCACUGAGGAGCCUACCUCUGGGGAAGCUGUGGACCCCAGCUUCUCCGGCAGCUGCCGACGGUGCUGUGACUCGGAGGACACACUGGCCCCAGCAGAUGCUUCGGUUGCGGCACCUCCAUCCCCCCUCCCCUACGCCCUGCCUGAGGUCAGGCCCUACAUUAACAUCACCAUCCUGAAGGGUGACAAAGGGGACCGAGGCCUGCUGGGCACACCAGGGAAGCUGGGCCAAGAGGGGCCCCGGGGGGACCGGGGCCCACAGGGCAUCAAGGGGGCCAAGGGGCAGGCGGGCAGCCCGGGCAGCCCGUGCCGCACGCACUCCUCGGCCUUCUCGGUGGGCCGCAAGACCGCCCUGCACAGCAGCGAGGACUUCCAGCCGCUGCUCUUCGACACCGUCUUCGUGAACCCCGACGGGCACUUCGACAUGGCCGCCGGCCACUUCGUCGCACCCCUGCGCGGCCUCUACUUCUUCAGCCUCAACGUGCACAGCUGGAACUUCAAAGAGACGUACGUGCACGUGGUGCACAACGGGGCUGCAGCCGUCAUCCUGUACGCGCAGCCCAGCGACCGCAGCAUCAUGCAGAGCCAGAGUGUGAUGCUGGCCCUGGCGCCCGAAGACCGCGUGUGGGUGCGGCUCUUCAAGCGCGAGCGCGAGAACGCCGUGUACAGCGACGACGUGGACACCUACAUCACCUUCAGCGGCCACCUCAUCAAGCCCGAGGACGACUGAGCACCUCUGGUCACCCGCGUGGCUGGUGACUCAGGAGCUGGGUGGCUGUGAGCUGGGUGGCUGCCUCUCCUGGAGGCGGGGAGACCUGACUUCCUUCUUUCCUUACCGCUCUGUCCCUCCGGGUCUGCUUCUGCCCCUCUCUCAUCUCUGGCAUUUAUUUCCAGGAACUUUCUAAUCUCCAUACUCUAGAACGUUCAGACUCACAGCCCAGCCCUCUCACACUUCCGUGUGGCAUCUGUUUCCUGAGGGUCUUGUAGAAUUGCAGAUCCUGAUCCAGCUGGUCUGGAGUGGGCCCCAGAAUUCUGCAUUUCUGACAAGUUCUUAAGCAAUGCUGAGAUGACUGGUCUAUAGACCACACUCAAGUGAUCAGUACUUCAUUCUGGUACUUUCUGAACAUUCUAGUACAUUCUAGACCUUUCUGAACAUUGUAGAACUUCCUGAACAUCUUAGUAUAUGCUAGUACUGUCUGAAUAUUCUGGAAUCUUCUAAUCACUCUAAGAUUCUCCUCAUAUCCUCAAAUUCUCUCAUCACUGCGGGACUCUUCUCCCUGUUCUCUUUGUCCUUUCCUUCCACUGUUAAUCCUCUCUUUACCUGCAUCCCUGCAGAGACCAUUCAUUUAUUCAUCCAUCAAACACUGAGUAUUUGGUUCAUGUUUAACCCUAGGAAAGCAGGGGCAAAUCAGACACAGGCUGUGCAUCUUGCCCUACCCUUGGUGAGCACCCAGUCCAGCCUGGGUGGGGGUGGGACAGACACCAAGGAGUAUACAAAUUUGAAUCCAGACCCAGAGAACAGGCAGGCCUUUCUUCAGACAGACCUGCGCUCUGGGUGUUCAGGUGCUUCAUUUUCCACCGACCCCUGGUGCACAGGGCCCCCGAGGGGUGUGCUGUCCCCUUCCCACUCCCCCUUCCUGCCCAAUGUCCAUUGUGAAAGUCUCCCCCAGAGGAGCCUUGCCUAGGCCAAGGGUCCUAUGGGAGAGGACUCAGGAGUUGGGUGCAUUUGGGGACAAAAGGAGUCCCUGGGGAAUGGGGUCCAGACUCUUAGUGCCCCACACAGCUUACAGUGGCCCACUGGCACUCUGGGCUUCCCUUCCACAUCUCUGCCGUCCACCCACAGCCUCCCCAAGGCCUUGCUCAGCCCGUCUUGCUAAAGACAUCUGUCAGACGUGCGUUCCCGGCGCUAUCAGACACGACGUCUGCUCUUCGACUUCCUGGGCCCCUCUCACCGGCCCAGUGCCCCUACUUUGCCAGGCUUCUUCAAGGUGCUAAGGUCAAGUGGGUAGCUCCUGCCACAGUGCCCUCUCUGGUGGUGCUGCCCUGACAGAUGUGGUGGGCCGUGGGCCUGGAUGGAAGGCAGUAGCCUGGGAGCCCUCAGCAGGUCCAUGGAGGUGACAUGGGCCACAUUCAGGUCACUGGGGCCCUCCUCUGAGCUGUGCUGCCAAGCAAGGUUCAGGAAAGGUCUCUGUCCUCCUUUCCUGGGGUGUGUGGCCUGGUGGCCACCAGUCUUUCUGUCUUCUCCUAGAUGCCCCGGCCCUUUCCCCAGAGGGUCACAACCUCUGGCUAUUGGUGCUUUUGCAGACUCUGGGGCACAGGGGGCCCUGGGGUGGACUGUGGUGCUCACAGCCAAGGGAGCCACAGCCACGUGGUGGGGCGAUGGGAAUGGCCUGCCACAUACCACGGAGGCUGGUGUCACAGGCCACCCCUAGCCGGCCCACACCCUGUGCCGCUUGUCCAUGUGAUUAAAGGAUACUGUGUCCCCUGGUGA